AUGGCACUCGACGAUAGAGGAACAUGUGAAUUAUUACAGAAGCGAGUUGUACAACUUAAAAUUACCAAUAUUCAAGAAAUUGACACGAUUCCAUUAGAUAUCAUUGCUCAUAAAUUUAAUAACGUCCGAGAUAUUUCUCUGUACGUAGAAAAGUCAACGGUCUUCAUCGAUUCACUUAUUUUAGCUGUACUUUCAAUGUGGAAAGAUAAAAGUCUUCGUAGCUUUUACAUCAAAGGUUCGCUAACAGAUGAUGUUUCUAAAACUCUUUCUCAAUGGGUGAUCGAUGAGGGCUAUCUAGAUGGUGAAGAUUCAUUCUAUGUUGAAUAUGAUUCCAAAUGGAUUGUCGUAUGGUUUCAAUGA